ACUGCCUCCACAAUGCUACCGCUGUUAAGAGACAUACAUGCAUUAAUGGAGGUGGACGAGAGGGUUGUUGGGGCGGCGGAGGAGGGUUGUGGGACUCCUACACACAGUGGGUGUCGAAUACCGGCGGCUUUCGAGUGCCCGCCGGCUCCGAAGAAGAAGCCGGUUCACGUGAAACUGCAGGCGCCGCCAAAGAAUGGUUAUUUUCAGCCGCCUGAUCUUGAGGCUAUUUUUGCGAUGGCACCGAGGGGAGAAGCUUGUGCUUGAAGGGUCGUCGAUGAAUAUUUUUUUUUCUUCUCUUUUUUUUAGAGCAUAUAUCUAGGCGUAACUAUAGUAACAGUCUUAGUCUUACUACCUGUGGAAUGAGCUCUCUUAAGUCUGAUUUGAGCAAUAGCUUGAUUCAGUCUUACCAGAACAUCAACGAAAUCCAGAGUGCUUUACACUAAUCAGCCAUAGAAAUUUCCUUUGCAGGAAUCCAACCAAUGCUAGCUCUAGUGUACCUAACAACUUUGAAAAUCUUAAGUACGUUUAGAAUAUUGUUCAGAUAGGAUUACAAGUGUCGGUGAUCAGGAGAUAUGUGACUGUAAAUUCCUCAAAUUCACUAUUUUCUCCAACUCGACCAAUUAAGGUAUAUAUAUAUAUAUAUAUAUAUAUAUAUAUAUAUAUAUAUGUGACUGUAAAUUUCUUUGUUUGUUUGUUUCUUUAUUUCUUUACUGUUGGAUGGUUGUAAAGCAGGCUUUUAGCUUUAGGAUUUGCUUAGUUUGCAAUGUAAAAAUUGAUCUUUCGCUUUUUAA